AAGCAUGGUAAAAAUCGUUUCUUGAAGCCCAUAAGGGUGUUGAAGAAACGCAUGCAGCGGGAAGAGGGUCGAUGGGUUCAAAUAAGGGAUUCCUGAAAGAGCGAUUUCUUGUUGAAGCAGAGGGUGGGAACCGGGAGUACGAAUUUGGCCGGGAAAUACAGUUCUCGAAAAUCGGCAACGAUCAAGAAUUUCUGCGGCCGCGACCGCCACCGGCAACAAAGAUGGGCCGAUGGAAAGCAGUGGCAGUUCGACUACAAAUAAUGAUACUCUGGCAUACAUGGACUGCAGUCCGCAAAUCAGCCCCAAGUUAUCCAUCGAUGAAGCACGGUGUGCGUGCAAUGUGGCGAAGGAACUUCUGCCUCUGUUCGUCCGUCACUAAUGGAAGUUAAUUUCUACGAUUGGGUGUGCUUGUUUUGUCAUAAAGUGGAGAACUUUAGGGACAUUAAUGGCGUGUUCAUCUGCCCCAAAUGCCUGUUGCCAACGGAACGUUUGGAUGCCUGGGAAACUGAUCUCAAC